GCAGGGGACUACACCCUGGACACAGACAGUAUAAAGUUAAUGACAGUCAACAAUGAGUCAGAUCUCCUGGUGGCAUCGAUUGUAUGCACUGUGAUGAUCUCCACGCUCGGCCGAUCGUGAAUAAAGCUGUUCAUCUGAUGAAACUCUUUUCUCUCCGACUGCUUACUCUCACAUCAACGAAUGCGGGUGAGGCAGUUAAAUAGAAUUUUGGCCUCAACAAAACCUAAUACAUCCAUCGUUCUCCAGGCUAAUCGAAGUAUAAUCAAAUUUAUCUCAAUUUAUUUUAUAGUGGGUGUAUAGAAAAUCCUUUUGGUCAUGUGGCAUACUUGCACAUUGUGGUGGAAACUGUCCGCAAACACUCAGGAAUCACAAAACAACAAAACACCGACGUGUUGUGUGGUGUCCAAGAGCUGAAGAUGAUGAUGUCGCGAUCUUUCACGGAGGAUCUUAAUCUGCGCUCAGAGGAACACGAAUACGUCAUUUAAAAAAUCGUUUUGCAAUACCUGGGAAUGCGAGUAACUGGGGAGCUUUCUUUAUUCAUGAGAAGUUCAUAAAUACUUCUUCGCGCCCGCGAGGUCCUCCUCCCUGUGAAUGGCGUCACACAUUGAACACCGUCUUAUAACAGCCGUGAAAGGAAAGGACAAACAGAAAGUAGCAGUGAUAGCGGUGGGGCAAACCUUGGCUGUGUUCAGAAUGAGAAGGACUGGUCGGCUUUAACAGCAACUCUAUGCAGGAUUACCCGGCUGGUGCUACGCUAAAACGGAUGCAAUAUGGAUGACUGGACGUCUAAGAGUUAGAGGAGCUUUAUUUGCUUACCACUCCGACUUCAGAUUCCACAGACGCCUCUACACCUUGAUCUUUGUCUGGACCCCGAUUAAAAGAAAGUUGCCCACUCACUUGACUCAAAGGCUUGACGGAGGACAAACAUGUAUUCUCGUGCAGGGAUAAAUGGACACUACCAACAGGUUGGACCACCCUUCCAAGCUGCUACGUCACAUGGCAAUCUGCAAAACACAUUUACAAAUAUGCAAAGUGGAAACCCUCUUGUCACCAGUGGACUUAAGGUUGCCACUCAGCAAGCUUUUCAUCCGGGCUAUGGGUUCUUCAAUUCAUCGACCCAGUGUUCACCCAACAUGAUGAACACGAACAAGAUAUAUCUUCAUCGAGACAUGUCAGCAGAUUGGAAACAGGGCUUAGAUCAUGGGAAGCAGUCAUUCAGGACACAGGAUGCUAAUGUUGUGACCCACCCAAAUUCCAAACUGAAAAGCUGUUUCCGAAAUGUGAAUGGACAAUCUGAUAAUUUAGUUUCAGCAUACAAUACAGUUGCCUCAGUUCCACAUGAACGUGUGGUUUGCAGUAGUGAAUUAGUGUCCGCUGCUACACACAACAGACAAACUUCUCAUAGCCAGAAUUAUAGACAAAAUAGGACUCAACAUGGCCUCUCUCCUUCGAUCCCUCCACCAAGUAAUGAUACCGCUGUCCCUCGGUAUGUCAGAAACAAAAGCAUUACUGCAAACUCAUCAUCAAGUGAGAAGAUUUUGCAUGUUUUCACUGUGAAUCAGAAAACUAAACAAGACCCAAUUCAUCUAGAAUCAACACAUCUCGACAGGGAAGGAAACAUUCGCUAUUUUGUGUCAAAAACGAAUGACUGUGCCUUAAAUCCUGCUGCUGAUACACAAGAGCAAAUACUAAGGCGCCAGAUGAUCGCAAAAAUUGCAGAUGAUCUACGUGAGUCGUUCACUGCUGCUUCAGAUAGUUGUCCCCCUGUGUAUACCCACAAUGGAGUCAGAAUUACAGAGUCUAAUCAAAAAAUGCCACCUUUUACAACGACUGUGACUCAAAGUCAUAAUUCAAAUGCCUUUCAAUCCUUACCACCCAAUUCUGGACUAAUUUCACCUAAAAUCAUUAUGUCAAAAACACAGCACAGUGUGAAUGCACCACACCAAAGCUCUAUACCAAAUGUGUUUCAUGUCAUACCAACAGAAAAUGGUAGUAAAAAGAUGAGGCAGUCAAGUGAUAUUGGAGGAAAGGCGACCAAAGUGUUUUUUCCUUCAUGUAACAGGGUCUCAGAAGGGCACCUGGUUGGAUUGUUAAGUGAUGCAUCUCAAUUGAUAAAAUUGCCAGAGAGCAUUUUCACCACAGAUAAUUUCACCAAAUUAUCUGCAGCAGACAGUCAUGAAAUGCUUGAAAUGUUCUCAUCGGUCAAGGCAAAUGACACUUCCAUUCACUCAUCUCCUGGUCGUGCGGGCACUAGAGCUGUUGCUGUUGUCCAGCCAUUGUCACAGGAAAGCUAUCAUGUUGCCAGCAAGUUUACCUCUUCUGACACGAUCAGUCAUUUGGCCAACAAAUCUGCAAUCAGCCAUUCGGCAGCAUUCAGUGGUGAUAUUUUUGUGUCAUCAGAUUCAGCUGGGCAUAAGGAUGUUUUACAAAAACAGUUAUGUAUGGAUGACGCAGGAUCUGAACUUGCUACGAACAUGCAAGUAGACCAGCAUGUAGCAUCAACUGCUCAACAAUCAGUCAUUUCUAAUGUGCCAGUGAGUCAAAAUGGUGAUGAGGGAAAAACUGAGAAUCCACCUCAUCCAGGGGCCAGAGUUUUUGAGCUCUCUGCAGUCCCAACCACAGCAUGGACAAUUGACACACUAACUAAUCUGAUACUAGAUGAUGAAAAAGCUCAAAAUAAGAUCAGCAGAGAUGUGUCAAUGUUUAAUUCUUCAAGUAAACUGUUAAGGAUGUUUUGGGAUGGUAACAUUAAAAAAUUGUCAUGUAAGAUCGGUGGAGGUUGGUAUGUAGACUUAAUUAAUAAUAUCAGAAAAUUCUGCAGGGAACAUGUAAGACAAGACUCUGUCAUAUUGACACAAGUAAAGCACAGCUUUGAGAAUCAACACAAAAGCUACUAUGUCCUCAAAGAUAACGAAGUUUAUUCAGAACUGCCCUACAAAUCCUCAUGGCUGAAUGUCAAUGAACAGCUAGAUGAUAUUGAUAAAGAAUUUGGCUUAUCGUGCUCUUUAAAGCAUCAUACUCACACACGUGAGAAUCACAGCCAGCCAGAUCAGGUCAGGUCUUUAAACAACAUUCCUGCACAAAAUGCAUGUGAAAUGUCAAAUGAGGUCUUUUCACAAACAGCGAAUGAACUGGUUGACUCAAGGGCUGAAAAACAAACCUCAACCUCCGCUACUGAAGCCACUUCAACGCAAGCUGUCUUUGCCAAUGAAAUAGACAGUGUCAAUUCCAAUGACCCAUUUCACUCACUUAAAAUCCAAGUUUUGCCUCCAGAGGAGGCCAGAGCUAUCUUUUGGGAGGUACAUAGACAGAUGUCACAAAGUAUGGGUACAGACAGUCAGCCAGAAAGAGUCAUGACUAGCUCUGUGAAGGGAGAAGUAUCUGAGGCUUUAGAUGCCACACUGAAUGACUCAAAACUGGAGAACAAGUCUGUCUGUCCCAUACAACAGGUUUGCUGCAUUUCAAGGUGGAUAGAAAUGAUUUGUAAGUCAAACACACCUUCCUCGACUAAAUGCCAGUGCAAUAAGGAGCCAAGAUGUGAAAGUUCCUCUGACGCUACAUAUAAUAAGGAAGAGAUGGCAACACACAAGGAAGAUAACUUAUGUGUAAUCAUGUCUCAAGUCCACACAGAAGAAGAGACUCAAGUGAAAAGUGGAGAGAACAUCAACAGUCAAAUUAAGUGUCGGUCUGAGCUAUGCAAUGAACUCAUUCAAACAACUGCCUUCACUGAAAAUGAACACAAAUGUCACUCAUAUCCUGACAAAGAACCAAAGAGCCUUUGCCAAAUAAGCUUAAAUAGUAGCCAGCCAAACACCCUCUUAAGUGACAGUGAGGAUGAAGAUCUCUCUGGCCGUGACACCGAACUUCGGUCAGAACCUGGAGUGGGACCUACAGGAAUAAUACAGCUGUGUAUUUCAGUCAGUAGUGACAAAAAAAUUGACAGUCAGAUAUCAGGCGUCAAAGAGAAUUGUGGAGAGGUUCAGUUGACAUCUACGGAUGUGGCAAAGUCAUCGUUGGAAAUUGAGGUAGAACAAACUGAAACUAGUGCGACAAAUGCCCUCCAAACAGCUUUGAGCCUCACGGGUAAUCAUAAAACUGUUGCAAGAAAGCGAAAGAGACCAGGUUGUCAUAAAAGAUUUAUUUCAGUGAAUAAGAAGUCAAACAAAUGCAAACCCCCUGUUGAUGUGGAUUUACAGCCUUCAGUGUGUAGGGAGGUUUCAAUUGAUGCAACAGGGAGCAAACCUUUAGCCUCAAACCUUGGAGAUGUAAAACUGGUGCUGUAUGGCUCAGCACGACAAGACAAGUGCACUUUGACUGGCCACCGAAAGAUAGAUAUUUCAGAUCCAGGAGCUGUGUCUGAUGGAUUAACAAGGCCUCCAGAAGUUCUCUCUGUGAAUCUCGGUCCUUUGAGGUCAAAGCCUUGUGAAACUAACUCGGUGCAAGAACAUUCAGUGAAACCAUUUAUUUAUCACAGAAAAUUUCUACCAAAUAAAAGCAGACUUGGAAGUAAACUGAAGACACAGAACCAUACUUUUGCCUCUUUAUCUGGGUCAAGUCUCAAGACAGCUGAAAUAGUUGGUCCUACCAAGAAACUGCCUGUUUAUGAUGAAAAGAGGAUCUGGAAUUGGAAUCUAAAUGCUAGGCACUAUCAAAAUCAGAAUCUGAAGAGGAGAAGGUCCCUCUCUGAUGGACUCAAACAAGGGGAUAGGAAGAUGAAGAAGAAUUUGGUCACGCUCCAGGAGACUGCUGAUCAAAAGAGGAGUAACACUGGAAAUGGAAGCCUUGCUGACAUGCCUCUCCACAAGAACGAUAGCCUGAGGUUCAGCGUGUUACCUAAGAGCUUCAGUUUCAAAGAUGGAUCCAGCGAGGGAGAAGAAACCAAUGAUCCUGCUCUAAAUAAGUCUGCCCUUGUUGAAAGAAAAGACAAGAACCCUGACAAAACUGCCAAGAAGUUAAUAGGUGCAUGGUGUCCAAAGUCUGAGAAGAAGUAUUCUCCUCUGCAUAAGACCUCCAGCCUCUUCCAGGAGUUUCAGAAAAAGCACAGGGAGAAGACACAGCCAUCCAUGGCUGAAUGACUUGACAGGCAGAAGGUUCAUUUGCAACAGAAGACAGUUUUAACUCAGAUGUUGUCUUCUUUCUGGGAAAUACUGCAUUUGAGAAAAUUUCAUUUCAUAUGUUUUUUACAUUUUUUCAUUUCAUCUCUUUGUGUUCUUGUACUUGUGGUAAAUUCUCCAUAAAUAUACUCCUUGCUACAAAAUAUGCCAGAAUAUAUUAAAUAUAAAAUGUAAAUAGCCAUGUAUGGUCCAGACUUACAUUCUGGCUCUGACCUGGACAUCUCACCUAUGACAUACUGGAUAUAAAUUGAAAUUGUGCCGGUUUUGGAUAUAUUUGUUACCACAAGUUACCACUGUAUAAGAUGUAAAGUCAUUUUCUUAAAAUACAAUUCCUCAUGUCUUACAAAAAUGUUAAACAUUCCUUGAAUUUAUAUUUUAGCUACAUAUUUAUGUUUUUAUAUUUUCCUACAUUAAAGAUAUGAUUAUGCUAUAUUUGCACAUGAACCAUAUAUUUUUAUGAGAAAUAAAGUUUGAUAUUGUUUUGAUAUACAUUUAAAAUAUAUUUCAAUCAUAUUCUUACAAAAAUUACAGAAAUCCUUUCUAAAUUGUCUCACAAUUUUCACCGUGUAUCUAUGGCAGUAGGGAGCGUGAUGGGAAAUGUGCUGGCUUAACUAAAUCUAUAUUUGUUUAUCUGAAACAAACUGUGAGUGAGACAAAAAUGGCAUCAUUUGUAAUUUCACUUCUUUUUUUUUUUUUUAAACUGAUGUGUAAAUAAAUUAAUGUUUCUACAGCUGU